CCUGACGCCGAUUCUUACCAAGGGUUGAUUCGCGGGGAAUAACAAAACUUUUGAAGGAGAAUGGCCGAACUACAGGAAUUCCUAUUACUGACUGAAUCUGACAAAGCCGAGUCAAUUCGACUCGCCGACAUAACUGCGCAAAAACUGGUCACAAAACAAGCAACCCUGAUCGGCGUCGUGCAAUCACUAGGCGAAUACAUUAAUGACGAGGACUCCAUUAUACGGGGCAAAGCUGUCUCGUAUCUAACAGCAGUGAUAAGGGCGCUCCCGUCUAAUUUCCUCUCCCGCCAACAGAUCCAAGUUUUGGCAACCUUCUAUUGCGAGCGGAUUGAAGACGAGGGUGCCAUUGCGGGCUUAAAGUCACUACAGAGCCUUAACCGCUUGGAUAAGAAUAUAGCACAAUUGAUUGCUCGAGGGCUUUUUCAGCAUGGCUCAAAUCUCCAAAAACGCUCACAGUCUCAGCGUUUUCAGUUUCUUCAGCUUCUCAACGAGCUGAUGCUCGGGCAUCGAGAAGCUCUUCGAGACAUGAAAGACGAGUCCCUUGUCGGUAUGGUUAAGCUCAUGGAUGGAGAAAGGGAUCCACGAAACCUCAUGCUUGUGUUUUCCAUCCUUAGGGUCGUGAUGGUAGAGUGGGACAUAUCUGGUCAUGCGGAAACUCUCUUCGAUUCCGUAUACAGAUACUUUCCUGUGACGUUCAGGUCGCAUCCAAAUGACCCUUACAAAAUCACGGCCCAAGAUUUAAAGGACCGUCUCCAAGAUUGUCUUGCCUCGAACCAAGCCUUCGCUUCCCAUGCAUUUCCAACCUUACUCGAUAAACUUGACUCAAAUUCAAGCAACGUGAAGAGGGAUUCUUUGAACGCCCUAAAAGCUUGUAUUCUCUCGUACGAACCUUCAGUUUUAACGCGAUACUCCAUCACUAUCUGGGAUUCGUUGAAAUUCGAAAUCCUCAACGCGCAGGAAGACGUCCUUGCUGAAGAGUCUUUGCAAGUCCUGCAAUCAUUAUCAAAGAGGCUCUCCUCCCACUCCAAAGCAGGAAACCGGUCAUUUCUAGCCCAUUAUUUGAAACCCAUUUUACAAGAAUGCAAUGAGCAGUUGCGGGAACCUCUUCAAAAGCAAGCGAAACCUGCCCAGCGAAUAUUAGCGUCACUCUCAUCUGUUUCCUCCCCAGCAUUUCGAUUGAUUUCGCAAGGCGCGAUUCCUCCGCUGCUUGCGAAUUAUCAGAAUGCCGACGGGGUAUCAAAGCGGCGUGGUUUACUAGAUGCUCUGGUUGGGCUAUUUGACUCCGCCAUUACUAAUUUUGGUACGUGGAUUGCUGCGGGCCCUGCUGAAACACCUGACAACCCGCUCUCAGAGUUUCGAGACCAGCUUAUCAGGAUGUUUAGUCAGGCCUUAAUGGGUUCUGGGAAGGAUGAAUUAGCACUGCUGAAGGUAGCGCUUCGCGGAGUGUUACAAAUUUGUAUCCUCCGAGAUUUUCUCCAGGACAAUGAGGUCGGGAUGUAUGUGCAAGAUCUUGGCGAUAUAUUGCUGAACAAACCGUCCAUUGAACGCCAAACAAGACAAGAAGUUGUUGGCACCCUCGCAGAGAUCUCGAAACACAAGCCGGCACUGCUCAUAAACAUAACAAUUCCAGCUUUCAUAGCCAAUCUUCCGAAGUCUAAUAAUACCCCGACUUCCAAGUAUCUCGGCACUUUGGAGAACCUUGCACAGGUCGCUAUUGACCAAGAUGUGUUCUACACUCUUGUUACUGCACUGUUGGCUAAGUUGGAGACUAUCCUUACUCCUGGAAAUUCGAGCACACCGGCAUAUCCCAGGUCCAUAUUGAUGACUAUUUUGUAUGCGAUGGACCGAAAGGGUCUGGAGAACGAUCCCCAUAUGGAAUUGUAUUACGAGGGGAUUGUCCGCAACUUAUGUCAAAAGGCCGCAUUGGCAGCCCUUCGGGACGAACAGACAUCGCUUCUAAGAGAUUCUACCGUUCUUGAUACACUUGGUCGUCUUUGCAAUCUUAUCGUCCGCUCCCUGCCACACCACAAACAUCAGGAGGUUUGCGACAAUGUGUACCGUUUAUUUGUGGAACAUGACCAAUUCCCUACGGUCCCUUUACACGAAAAUUCGACAGUAUCCCAGAGACAAACUAUGAUUUUGUCGACAUAUCUUCUUGCAGGGCUCCCGAAGAAUGGUAUUAGUCUGACACAUGACAUGGCGGGUUUGCUCAGAAAGAUCGCGCUGCUUGCUACGUCCGAGGAUAGCUCCCCCAUUCAGUUUGGGCUUGUUAGGCACCUGGCACUGCUCAUUAACAAAUUUCUGCCUACUCCCAACUUGGAGAUAGCCUCCAGAAUUCUAUUCUCCUUAAUGCCGGCGUCGCAAGAACAAGGAAAGGCUACUUCAGGUUUAAUUCGGACAAUAUUUUGGAUCUCGAAAGCUAUCAUAUCAAGACUUCCUCCAGAAACUCCCCGAAUUCUCUCGUCUCUCGUGGAAUUACUCGCAUCCUCGGAUCCCCUUGUACGGGGAGCGUCAUCUGAAGGCUUUCGCAUGUUGCUAAGUGCGGACGAUGUCUUGUGUACUGAGAAUGGCGCUAACAUCCGCCUACUUGCGAAACAGCGCGUAUUCAUUACGGUUGUUCCGCUUAUUUCUGAAAAGGUUCGUGCACUUGCCACGUAUGCGGGUGAUAGCGCAGUACCUUCAUCUGGACAUGCUUAUAGGAAGCAAGCAUAUCUUUCAGCUUUGUCUGGCAUUUUACGCACGGUGCCCUCGUCACUUGUAAUGACCCAGCUCUCAGUGCUUCUCCCGCUUCUUCUCCAGAGUUUAGAUCUCACAGGCACCGAUUCCCAGCCAAUCAGAACAGCCACACUCGAAACACUCGCUGUAGUCAUUCGUGAAAGCGGUGUUCAUGUGAUUGACAAAAUCGGUUACCUGGAAGAUCUAGUUACGAGAUUGCUGCAAGCUGCGGGAACAACGGCCACUGAUAUCAGCAGGGGCGGUUAUAACCAGGCCAUCUCGAAUACCCCAGAAGCCCGCCUGCGUGCCCUCCAAUGUCUCCUCAUCCUAGCGCUACCACAGCCAGCCGAAGGAGGUGGAGUCGCAAAGCCAUCAGCUUUACUCCCAUUUAAAAAUCGCGUCCUCAUAGGCCUGAAAUGCAUACUCGAUGACCCGAAGAGGGAUGUUCGUAAAACAGCUGUGGAUGCACGCAUGGUGUGGUUGAAGCAGGGUGGUGACAACCUAGGGAAUGAUAGUUAGGCUGCGAAAAUUAUUGACCCAUGUGCACAAAAUCAUGAGUAGUUCAACUGUUCGUUGAACUUCUUUGAGGCUUGAUAUGGUUAUUUAAUAGUUACAAUGCAUGUGCUUAAAUGGGUGUGUUU